CUGUUGGUAACAUCGUGCUAGAGUCCCUCACCAACACUUUCACAACCUAACCAUCUUCCUACCACCAUUCAACACCUCAAGAUUCGAUGCUUCAUACACGGACGAUAGAUGGCGUCGAACUAUCCUUCGAGGACCGAGGCAUGGUCACAUCUGAUCCAACAAUAGUCUGUCUGCCAGGCUUGGGUCAGGACCACCGUUGCUACCAAUACAUCCUCCCCUUCUUGGUGGGCAAGUAUCGCGUCAUCAGAAUUUUAUGGAGGAAUCACGGCGCCAAUAGCGAAUCGACGGGCAAGUGGAGCGUGGAGGAUCAAGCAAACGAUACGAUCGCACUUUUGGACACUCUCCAGGUCCAAAAAUUCAUUCCCAUUUCUCACUUCCAAGGAGGCUGGUGCGCCAUGGAGAUGGCCGCACGUCUAGGGAAGACUAGAGUCCCGGCUAUGCUAUUGACCGAUUUCAUCCUCACGCGGCCACCAGCAGAAUUUAUCGAGGGCCUGCAGAUGAUGCAGAGCAAGGAGACCUGGCAGCAGGGUCAGGCCCCCCUCAUUGAGAAAUGGCUCAACAACACUUCCAACAAGAACGUACUUGAUCAUUGUCAGAAUGAUCUAGACACCGACGGAUUCGAAAACUGGUCUUAUUUUUGCUGGCUGGUGGAAAAGAACUACCAGCGCUGGAGCUCACCAAUGGAGCGCCUUGAGGCUAUCAAGGACCCUCCUUGCGUUCGACAUGUCUUCAGUCAUCCCAAAGAGGAGGCUUAUCUUGCGGAACAUGAAGAAUUUGCGCGGAAACAUCCUGAUUGGUUCAGCUUCGCCAGGCUCCGCGGGGAAUCGCACUUCUCCGUUAUCGAGCUACCAGAAGCUGCGAGUCUGCAAUUAUCACAUCUUAUCAGUCAAAUAAAGAGGAAAUAGGAAGGCGGGCGAGGUUAUACGUUGAGAUAGUUAUUAGAUUCGGGCUCAACAUCAGAUAAAAUGGGUUUGUUAUUCGCCACACAAGUAGAGAGAGCGAAGCAACGGGUGAAGCAAGGGUUCAACAAUUACAGACAGCAAGGCGUUUAGCCACCUCAGUGUCUCUUAUGGUCUCAAGUUCCACUCUACGGUAUAUAAAUAGAAUUAUAUUAAAGAUUAGCACGAUAAUAAUAUACUAUCUACCAGCACAGG